UCCGCUCCCUAUCCCUAUCCUCUCACCGCCGCCGAGGCCACGCGCAUCGCACAUCGCGCAGCGUCCAGUGGCAUCUCGCUCGACACCACGCCCAUCCGCAGCCACGGGCGGCGGCCUCCUUGGCGACCAUGCUGCCCGGCAUCUCCUCGGUGCUGCGCCGCGAGCGCCGUCCGACGUCCGAGUCGUCGUCGCCGCACAGCCCGCAGCUCAGCGCCGUGCCGAGUGCGCCGCUGCCGGCGCUACCUGGCAGUGCCGGCGGCGCACAGCUCUCCUCUUCGUCGUCGGCCCGCCGUGCCGCCGCCCUCGUGGCCUCGGCGCGAGAGGCGCAGGCUGCCAGUGCCGCCUCGAGGCAGGGCAACGGCUACGGCGACGAGGGCCCGAUGCUGCCCGAGGAGAUGCGGGCGCGCGAGCGAGAACGGGAGCGUGCAGUGCGCCAGCAGAUCCAGGGUGGCAGCGGCCAGUCUGCUGCCGGCAGCUCGCGCGGCGAUCGAGCAGGACGCGAGAGCCAGGGCAGCGACGGCGCCAGUGGACCUCGCUACUCAUCGUCGCACAUGGAGUCGUCCGUCACGCGCCUGCUCGUCGCGACCAAGAUGCUGCUCGAGGCGCUGACGAAGUGGAGCACGGGCCAGCGCACCGAGACGCAGGUCUCAGACAUCUACGUGCGGCUGGGCAACGACUUCAACACGGCGAAUCAUGCGUUCGGCAGCUACGGCAUCGACAUGAGCGACCUGGCAUCUGUGCCCGACGACUUGCGCGCCUGCCUCGAGCGGUGCCUCUCCGAGGACGCCUCGCCGCAGGUGCUCGAGGUACAUCUGCCGCCGAUCCGCGAGAUCAUCAUCAACCUGCUGCAGGGCCUCAAGCUCAAGCAGGCCGAGUACAAGCAGUACCUGCUGGCGCAGCGGACGGGCGGCGGCGGCGGCUCGGGGCACCGCUCGCGCGGAUCGCGCAGCGAGCGGAGCAACACGAGCGAGGAGGUCUCGGGGCAUCGGCGGAGCACGACAGGCAGCAUCAGCCGCCGGCCAGUUGCGCCGCCGCCCGUGCACGACCGGCCCUUGUCGCGGCCUGGCUCGAUGGUCGCGUCGCCGACGAUCGGUGCAGGGCUGUCAGAGCACGACGAGCCGCGGCGGCGUGGCACUGGCGGCAGCAGCAGCGCGCGCGAUGCAGGCAUGACGCCGCAAGCAUCCACAGACGGCAGCACGGUGUACGAGUCCGUCCGGGAGGAGGAAGAGGGCACGCCUCCCGCGCCGGCGGAGAAGAGAGCGCCAAACGACAUCGUGCGGCACUCGCUCGUCGACGGGCCAGUGCCGGACUCUGCCACUGGGCAGACAGUCACGCCGACGACUUCGCUCACGCAGCUGGCCAGCACGUCGGCUGUGCAGACGCCCGUCACUGCCACGUCUCCACCGCUCUCCUCCACGUCCCGCACUCCCGGCUCGGCGCGCGGACGCCGGGCGAUGGCGGCCGCCCAUGCAGCAGCCGAGGCAGAGUCAGAUCCAUCGCUGCGCGCGCUCAAGUCUCGCGACGCGCUGGAGCGGCGAGCGUCGAAGCGCUUCAGCGCCUACACGUUCAACAAAAUGGGCGUCGGCACUCCGCAGGGCUUCGGCCUCGGCAUGGGCCUGUCGAGCCUGGGCGGCGCGGCCAUGUCGCUGCACAGCCCCUCUAGCUCGCCGCUGGCAGAGCGCCGUACUACCAGCGAGGCGCAGCGCGCAGGCAAGCGCCUGGUGCGCGGCAUCUCCGGUGGCCCACCCUCGGACGCAGCAUCGUCAGGCGAUGAGGCGCGGCGGCCGAGAGGCGCCGAUGGUGCCGAUGCCGAAGGACUGGUGCCCAGCGGAAGCGAGGAGCUCACGCCAGGGCCGCUCAAUGGCAAGUCGCGCCUCAGUCCGCAUCUCUCGCCGCGCGUGCAGGGCUCGACGAGCCUGGCUCCGCCGCCAGUCGACACGUCCAAUGCAAACGCCAGCUCCACGGAGAGCCUGCCGUACGUUGACGCGGCAGACCCAUCACCACCGAGUCCGUACGAUCAGAUGGACGCAGUGCCGCCUGUGCCGCCACUGCCGACGGCAGCCGAGCGGAAGAAGCUGGAUGCCGCGCAGGCUCGUGCGUCAGCGCCGGCGUCCAACAUGCUGUCGCUAUUCCUGCAGCUUGGGCGGCAGACGCGGCGCGCACAGCUCGAGCUGCUGCCCGGUGCUGCCGGGCGCGGCCUGAGCGUGGGCAAGCUGCGCAUGCUCUUCAUGGAUCGCUUCGGCUACUCGCCGCGCAAGGAGGACUUCCCCACGAUCUACGUCAAGGACGUGCCGAGCGGCGUCAGCUACGAGCUCGAAGACCUCAACGAGCUGCAGGAAGGCGCUGUGCUGACGCUGAACAUCGAGCCGCUCGACCAGGUCAAGCAGCACCUUGAUCUCGUGCUCGGCACGAUCACGCGGGAGUUGCGCGAUCUGAAGACGGCCGUGCACGACCGCGACCGCGAUCGCGAGGCGAACCGUCGCGCGAGCGUCAACUACGCGAGCGAUGCGCUCGCCGCUGUCAAUGCGGCCGCCGAGGCAGGCCCGUCGAGCCGCAUCACCGACUCGCAGUUCACGUCUGCUGGCGCACGCGUGGCGCAGCAGCUGAAGCGCGCCGGCACGCUGCGCGAGGAGGCCAACGAGGGCGUCGAUUCGCCGACGAUGAGCACGGCGUCGCACAGCUCGGGCGCCACGAGCGGUGCACGCAUUGCUGGCGAGCUGAAGCACCAGUACGAUGAGGUCCAGGCGCUGCGGCGCGAGCUCGCCGUGCUGCGGCAGAUCCAGACGGAGUUCGGCGCCGACGUUGGCGGCCUGCUGGCCAAGCUGCGCGAGCAGUCGGCGCGCGUGCGAGCCAUUGCGUCGGCCGAGGUGCCGGCGGAGCGCAACUUCAUCAUCGCCGGCAAGGCGCGCCUCGACGGCAAUUCGCAGGAGGUGCUCACGCUCGUCGAGGACCUGCAAGACACCGUCGACGACCUCAAGCUCGACGUGAUCAAUCGCGGCGUCAAGCCCAAGCCGGCGCUGAUGCGCAAGGUGGGCGACGACAUUGCGCGCGCGACGCGUGGCCUCGAGGAGCUGGAAAAGUACGUCGAGACCGUCAAGCCGAGCUGGAAGAAGACGUGGGAGGCGGAGCUGCAGAACAUCGUCGACGAGCAGGAGUUCCUCAACCACCAGGAGGGCCUCAUUGCCGACCUGCGCGACGACCACGGCGCGCUGCAGGACGUGUACGAGAACAUUCAGCAGGUCGUCAAGCUGCGCGGCGUUGGGCGGCCGUCGGGCGCCAACGGCAAGGGCUUCCUGCCGCCGCCGCCCGAGGAGGGGCACGAGGGCCUGACGACGGUGAUGCUCGAGGUGCGCGGCCAGUCGGUCGACCACGAGAAGCGUCUCAAGGCGCUGCAUGCCGCCGAGCGGCUGCGCGCCAAGGAGAUCGCCAGCCGCACUGACGAGUUCACCGACGAGCUCUCGGGCUUCGUCGAGGGCAAGGCGCUGCGCAAGACGGGCGGCCACCUCGAGGCGGAGCGCGUGCGCUCGCGCCGCGACCAGCAGACGAUGCGCGCCAUGUUCUCCGGCGGUGCCGACGCCGUUGGCGGCGCGCCGGGCGCCAUGUCAGCCUCGCGCCCGCCGCCCAAGCUCGUGCUGGGCGGCAAGCCGGCGAGCCGCGACGGGCCCGUCUCGCCGCACGACGAUCCCUCCAGUCCGCUCUCGGAGGCCGAUGCCUAGAGCGGCCUCCGAUGCCCUGCCUCUGCUGUCCUUCUCCCUGCUUCUCUACUCAUCAUCUGGUCGCUUCAGCAUUCCAAUCAGACGACUCCAGG